AUGGAAGAACCAGAGGACAACAUGGUCCAAGUUCGCAAAUCCCAUAAAGUGGAACAAAUGGUAUCAAAGUGGCUUCGCCUUACACGAGAUAGUUCACAGAGGAAUCGAGCUACUGCUGAUGGAAUGUCUGCCAACACAAGCCAGCUAAAUGUACCAUUAAAAGUCACAGUAAAGAUUAACAAAGAUCCAAACCUCGAUCAUGGAUUUCUUCUAUCAAAAGACACACCAAUAUGUGUGAAAUCUGUCAUUGCAGGUGGACCAGGAGAAGGAAAGCUGUUCCCAGGAGAUCAAGUUAUAAAAAUUAACAAUAUGCCUCUGGAUUCUAUUUCCCAGGAACAUAUUGAUAAUAUUAUCAGGGAAUGUGGUAACUCAAUUACAGUCACCGUUCUUCGAAAUACCUCAGGGCCCAAAUCGUCAUUUAUUACUGAUGAAAAACGAGCCAGGCUGAAAAGCAACCCUGUCAAAGUACGGUUUGCUGAAGAAGUGAUCGUCAAUGGCCAUACACAGGGUAACUCACUUCUGUUCAUGCCUAAUGUUCUCAAGGUAUAUUUGGAAAAUGGACAAACUAAAGCCUUUAGAUAUGAGAAAAAUACAACUGUGAAGGAUAUCAUUCUUACCUUGAAAUCAAAGUUGUCCAUCCGCUGUAUUGAAUACUUUGCAUUAGCUUUGAAGGAGCGGUACAGUGUUACUAAAGUCUAUCUCUUACAUGACGAUGAGAUCAUUGAACAGGUCGUACAGAACCGAGAACCCCGUGACUAUAAAUGUCUCUUCAGGGUAUGUUUCCUGCCAAGAGAUCCUCUUGUGGUUUUACAAGAUGAUCCAGUUACCUUUGAUUACCUCUACUUGCAGAGUUGCAAUGACGUGCUGCAGGAAAAGUUUGCUAUGGAGAUGAAAUGCAGCACUGCAAUCCGUCUCGCAGCACUGCAGAUUCAGGAAUGCAUCCUCAGCUCCAAGCAGUCUCAAAAAUUCUCUAUGAAGUACAUUGAGAAGGAUUGGGGAAUUGAGAAUUUUGUCUCACCAACUCUGCUUCAUAACAUGAAGGAAAAAGAUGUUAGAAAGGCAAUUAAUUAUCACCUGAAGAACAACCAUAGCUUGAUUGCACCAGGACAAAAGCAACUGAUAUCAUCAGCUCAGGCCAGGCUGAACUACCUAAACAUACUGGGUGACCUUCGAACAUAUGGAGGGAAAACCUUUAAUGCAACCCUGAUGCUGCAGGACAGAGAAUCAUUUAUUACGUUGCUGGUAGGAGCCAAGUAUGGUAUCAGCCAGAUAAUUAACAGCAAGCUCAACAUUAUGAACCAGUUAACAAACUUCAACAACAUCAGGAAGCUGGAGUUGACCUUUGAAUGUAACAAGGUCAGCAUGGUGACCAUCUACCUAGAGGAUAUGAAGUCCCUGACAUUGUUACUGGAAUCCCACCAUGCUAAAGACCUUGUGUGUUUCAUCGCUGGGUAUCAUAGGCUAUAUGUGAAUUCCGGAGACUCCAUAUUUACCUGGCCUGGCAAUUAUCAAAGUCAGCCGAUUACCACAGAGGAAGGUGAUGAGACACGAGGAUUAAGUGACUCAGAAUCAUCAUCAGACAUUGACUCGUUGGUGGACAUGUCUAUACACAAACUGAGAAAUGGGUUCAUACAGCCACUGACUGAAGAAGAUGAAGACGCCAAGAACUCUGAAAGUGAGGCUACAGAUAGUGACUAUAUGCGGGAGGAUAUCCUGGAAGAGACCAGUUGCAGUACAGGGGAUGUAUCAGACCUUAAUGAUGAAACAAGUCAGGGAGGUGACACUUGUGAAACAAGCUAUUCUGCUGACUCACUGGAAGAACUGCAGAUGGAGACUUCAACGGGCAGCAUAUCAUGUCUGCAGUCAUAUGAUAACACUUCUGAAGAGGAUGACAAAGAUUCUGCCACUCGGGGAAGGGAAAGCGAGCCAGUUACAAAGAAGCAUUGUGCAAUGGAAUCUGAAAUUAGCCUUCCUCAGCUUUCGGUGGAAUCUCUGAUCUCCAAUCAGUCCUUCUCUGAGUACAACAACAGUGAUAUGGUGACUUCCUACUCAUCUGACCUCAGUCCAAGUAGGGAGCAUUCUACUGCAGAAAGCUGGGACCCGUAUGCCGAAGUUGUGGAUGGGAGCGACACACAAGGGAACAUAUUUUGGGAUUUGACACACCACAAUAUGGUGACCGAGUUACCACCCAUUCCUUCCCCAGUGGAGUCAACUGAUGAUGGGGAUGCAUCUGGUGAGUUUCUAAUCAUCCCUAUUCUGGACCCUCCCCCUGGCUUUCGAGACAGCAGUUCUGAGGAUGAAUUUUUUGAUGCAGCUGAAAGAUUUACCACAAUUGAAUCCCCAGAUGAUGCAAAAUUCACUGGAGCUGGAGCAGAUUUGGAGUCCACCUGUAUGAAGGAGAUUGAAGAGAAAUGGAAUGUGCAGACAAGCCCAAGUCACUAUGGGACUACAAUGGACACUGAGUCUACGGAGAGCAUUAAAGAUAAAAGUGAAGAAGCAAAACAUACAAUGAAUACAAAAAAAGGACACUUUACACCCAAGGACAUUUAUGAUGUAAAGCCUGUUCUAUCCCAGUGUUAUUCAAACAAAGCUAAAGAUCACAUGUGUUGUUAUGACAGGGAGAAUCUUGUAUCAGGAAAGCAACAAUCGCCAACUUUCUCCUCUGUGGUGAGUUUGGAGACCGAAGCUGCCUUGUUGGAACCUAAGCCAAUCAGUCCAUUAAAGUCCAUCUCUGUCUGCAUCAAUAAAAAGGCUGCACCUAAUUUAAUGGAAAUGGAGCCUGAUACAAUGGAAAUCAAAUCAGUUACAGAAGCAAUAACAGUCAUUACUCCAGUUUCAGCCACACGCUACCCAUGUGAUUCGGACUCUAAAAUGGGCAAUGCUCCAAAAACAGAUGGCUCUGAACAAGUUGAAAGCAUAAGUAAAUCUUUCAUUGAUGUGAAGCCACCCAGAACAGCUUGUUCCAAUACUGAGUGGUGUUCAAGUCCUUCAGAAAUAAUUCUGGAGCUUGGACAAUUAAGCUUAGAGAACCCAAUGGAAGAUAAGGCAUUGUUUGUUACCACUGCAUCCUGUACUGAUGAACAAAAAACCCUGAACACAAUUAGCAUGACAGGCAAAGACCAAAAUGAUAUAAUUAUUGAAAAUAAUAUAGUCCUAGAAAAGGCAAAUGAUAAGUAUGGUCCAUGGGCAGACUUAGAUCAAAAUGGAACUGGACUUAGAUAUACAUCAUGUCAAGCAGACCUCAAAGGGAAUACAUGCACUUGCAAGGAAGAAUUUGACAAUUGUGACAAAGGGCAAUCAUGUUACCGAGAAAGCAAUAGUAGUGCAGCUUUGCAAAGACAUUUGAUGAUGUCCUAUGGGGAUCAAGAAGAUUUACCAGAUAUGUCAGUAUUGGAAGAGGAAAUAUCUGAUAGUAGAGACUCUUCCAUGGGAGACAACAAAAACAAAGAUGCUUAUCCUCUUGACAUGAACAGAUUGGUUUUGAAUUUAAACCGUAUGUCCUUUAAAACAUUUGGCAUGGUUAAACAUUUGUCAUCACCAACCUUAGAACCAAAGAUGGAAAUUUUUUCAGUGAGGUCUCCAAACAUUUCUAACUUUCACAGGGAACAUGGGAAAGACAACCAGUCAAAAGCAGAACAGAAUUCCAACCAGGUUGAGUCAAUUGUGCCCCCCACGCAAACAAAUGUAGAUAAUUUCAGUGCAACACUGCCUUGUCCAGGAGAUAAAGAUUCUUCCCACAAAGUAUCUUCAGAAACAAAUAAAUCAAAGUCACUUGAUGAAUUAGAUAUCUCAGUUACUCAGAAAUCUUCAACACUGCAAAGUCUAUGUCCAUCUGCCAAAUCCAACAGUCUCAAUGAACCAGAAGAGGAGUUGGGUCUGAAUGUCAACUCUGAAAAAUUGGUUAUUCCUACAAAUGAUGCAACUAAACAGCUUUCAAUAGGUGGAAAGGAAGCUUGUAGCUGCCAGAUGGUAUAUGGGAAUUGCUUCCGAGCAUUGGGCAUUGAUGCUAAUGAUGAAAACAAAGAACCAGAAAGUCUCACACAGCUACCUUCACCAAGGACCACUCCACCUGCUUCAGGAAGCCCCUUGCCGCAAGGCCUCACUACAUUUAAUAAACAAGGUGAAGAAACCAUGGCUGCCAAGUGCUACUUUGGUGUUCCUGAAGGUGACACUGCUGUGAAACAUGAAAGUUUGGUCCUGUCACAGUUCAAGGAUAAAAAAUACAACAUGCCAAAUGGGUUCAGGCUGGUGCAAAAUGAUGUUGUGGAGUUACUCAAUAUUUUGAAAGAAUGCCCCAGAGAAAGUCAUGCAGAGGAAGAUUGUUUAGCACUUCCCUCAUUAACCAGACAGAAACUCUAUAGCGAGUGCAGAAAGUUGAUGUCUGCUUGUCAAAAGGGUGUGAAAGUUAACCAGACUCCUGAUGAGAUGAUCCUUGGGGUUUCAGAAAGUUUCCAGGCCCUCUCACAGCUAGCCGAGACAUGCUUCCAACUUACAACCUGCCUGCAUUGUGCAAAGGCCCAUGCAGAAGUGGCCAGUACCUUGAGAAAGGUUGUCAUGACUUACAGGAUCUUUGUCCAAGCUUCUGAGGAUGCAUGUGGCAAAAUGUCAGACGAUUUAAGCAUGAAGCUUCUGGCUGAGCAAUGUGCAUCUAUAUCUGCAGGGAUUUUCUGUCUGAACCAGUUGUUCACAAGUAAUUCACUGCCACAAUAG